GAGCACAAGCGAACCCGACGCACAACUGUUACUUCUUGCCAGGGAAAUAGUAUUCAUCUACUGAGAAGGUAAGUGUGGUUAAAAUGGGAGCAGUUGAUAAAAGUUUAAGCAAAAUAUUAUUCAAUUUACCGUUUUUUCGUUCCAGUUACUUCACCAUCCGUCCAUUGAACGCACAAAAUACGGCCGAUGGGAAGAACGAAGGUGAGAAAAACAUCUUUCUCAAACUAUCCAAAGAUUACAGCUUCGUUGACUUCUGAUGCGAAUCCAAAGAUGGGAACCUACCAGAUAAGAAUGGACACCGAACGACCGAAACAUUCGUUGAGAAUGAACGGGUACUAUGGAAACACUUCAAACGUUGCCUGGAAUAAUUGUGUCGGAUUACCAUCUCAACGGCACCAAGCUCACACAACGGAUCCUCACCCGCUGCGUUCGCAUAUGCGCUAUUUCGGCCAGCAAGUGUUCCAAAACGAUGUCAGCACUUCAAAUACAACGGCGUACAAGUAUUCGGUUGACUUUUUAAAUAACGUUCGGCAGCAUAUGUAUUUCGAACGGAACGAUAGAAACGGCAGAGAACGCAAUGUAGGAAGACGGACAGAAUCUGUCCAAUCGAGCCACACGUUCGCUAAUCUACUUCGCUGCUAUGGUUAUCAUAACAAUUGGCUUUCGUUCAAAUUUGGCUAUACCUAUCAAAAAGAACUGCUUUAUAGACGUAAAACGGAAAUAUGGAAUCAAGACGUACGUGAACCUGAUGUCGUUCAGCGUGAUAAGAGACAAAAACAAAACUUAGAUAUCCUUCCGUUGCCAGAACAACAUUCGCUGCAGAGAGAACAAAUCGAGCAAAAGAAUGUUUAUCCACCAUCAGAAAGCAACGACAGCAUCCAAGACUAUGAGCAGCCUUUUAUUGCACCGGUCAACGAGAAAGAGGAAACAUUAAACGCGGGCAGCUCAUCGUCCAAUCGUGCCUUGUCGCCUCGUAACAAUGAAUUCGUAUUAUCACCACCGAAAGCUAUGGAUGCUUUGCCUACGGAGGAUCGUUUGUCGAAGGGCAUUUGGCAAAUGUUUCACGCCAACAAGCAGUCCGAAGCAACGUUUGCGAAAAAGAUGUGGCUGUGGAAAGAGUUAUACAACUGCUUCCAGCAAAUGGCAUCCUGGCUGCCAAAGUACGAACUGUACCUUAUGGGUAGCACCAUUUCAGGCUUCGGUACGGAUAAUUCCGAUAUAGACAUGUGCAUUGUGGACAUUGACGGUCCCACGUAUUGCGAUUCGCGCACCGAAGCUCUGAAUAAUUUGCUGCGUGUCAAAAGCUUCAUUGAAUCGAUGUCCACUUCGAGCAGCUUUGAACAUCUCGAUCUUAUAAGAGCAAAGGUGCCCAUUCUACGCUUCCGCCAUGUGCGGGAAAAUCUCGAUAUCGAUCUAAGCAUUAAUAAUCGUGUGGGCAUACGAAAUACUCAUUUGCUGCACUGCUAUGCUCAAUUGGACCCACGUGUACGGCCCCUGGUUAUGAUCAUAAAGCUGUGGGCUCAGCAUCACAACCUGAAUGAUCCGAUAAACUCCACCAUGUCCAGCUAUUCGAUAGUCCUGAUGGUCAUCAAUUUCCUACAGUGCGGUGUUACACCUGCGGUAGUACCGUGUCUGCAUAAGCUUUAUCCGGAAAAAUUCUGUAAAGACAACUAUAACAGCAAUUUGCUCGAACGCAUCGAUCCACACCACUCGGACAAUAAGAACAGUCUCGGAGAGCUGCUGUGUCAAUUUUACAAAUACUACGCCGAGUUUGAUUAUGCUAACUAUGCCAUAUCAGUUAGAACGGGAACAAUUAUACCAAUUGGCGAUUGCAAGUGGAAUGGAAACGAACAGUUUGGAAUCUGUAACUAUUUGUUUAUCGAAGAGCCAUUCAAUAGGACGAACACCGGUAAAUCUGUGCAUAAUAAAUUUGUGUUUGAACAGAUAAAAUCCGCAUUCGCUGCAUCCUGGAAAAUGCUAGAAGAAAACGAUAGCAUGAGCAUCCUGUUCCAUAAACCGCUCCUCGCAUCCUCUUCGAUUCCAUCGCCCAACAGCUAUUUCUAAGCCGAGCAUUCCUUUAAAAGGAGCAUAAACAAAGAAAAAAAAAAUUACAAAAGAAGUAAAAAUACCUAUACAACUUUUUAUAAGUAUUAUAGGGCACAAAAAAUAAAUUUGUAUAGAAUUGUAUCUAAUUUAAAUACUGUACAAAUAAAGUAGGUAAUUACGCAUACACACACGUGUCUUUGCUAUUUUAUGAAAUGAUGACAAUAUCAUAUUUGGUUCUCUAAAUUUUAUAUAAUUACUUUAUUUUUCAUGAUUUUUACAUAUUUAUCGUCAUAACAAAACUACCGAUGAAUUCCCUGAUGAAUUACACCAAACAGAUCGAAAAAGCUCAGCUGCGCUAAAACUACCAAAACUUGCAAAGUAUGCAAUUCGCAUUACAAGCGACUCGCAUUUCAAAUGUAUGCAAUCUUUUAUAAAUUUAUCAUUUUAACAUUUUAAUAUAUGUUUUACAAACUUAAUCUAUCACAUAAUCUAUCUAUGAUGAUGAAUUUUAACUUUAACAAUCUUAUUGUAAUAUGGCCUAUAACUUAGUCCGUAACUGAAUGAGAAUAAUGGAAGAAGUCGAAAGUAACCCUAUUUUUCCUAUUAUUUGUUUCUCUAAGUUUCCUAAAGAAAGUUUCCCUAUUAUUUGUUUUAUAACUCAUUUGAAUGAGUUUUUUCUGAAGUAUAAAAUUCAAAUUUCUAAGACAGACUGGCGAAUUAAAAUUGAAGCAGA